AUGCCUUUUCCCUGCCAUCAGGGCCUUUGGUCCGUCGGGCCUAACGAGAGCAAAAGGCGGGGGGUUGUUCUCCGUGGAGCGGGAGUUGCGCCAAACCAAAAAUCCCCAUGCACUCUAUCUAUGUGGGCUGCGGAUAUUAGUUACUGUACAUCUGGAGAGUUGAAUAUGCCAGUACUUGACGAUGCACAUGAACGAGAAAAGCUUGAAGCCUGUUCGGGUACAUGCAUCCAGCCGUUUCAGGAAUAUGAUGCGAGUCAUGGAGCGUGGACUGGGGAAAUGUCCAAGGUUUCUGUUCGGAGUACAGGCCGUCUAUCAGCUCCAAAGGAUCAAACGCUAAAACUGGUGGACGACCAAGGGUUAAGCGGCAGAUGCAAGGAAUCGAAGGUAGCGGCGUCCAACGAUCGACAAGCGGAUAAAAGCAACUGCAUAACUACCCUCUGGGCUAUGUGGAAAAUGAGUUGCGCAGGAGGGCUCCAAAUGAACUAUGGGGUAAAUUCACUGGAUGUUUAACAAUAGUAU